UAGAGCUCACACCCGGGGAGAGACAGAGAGGCAGCAGAAGGCUGAAGUCAUCAUCAGCAACAACAGGCGGGAGGACAGUGAAUGAGUCCUGCAGGCGAAGCAGAAAAGCGCUGAAAAGUGCGGGGAUUGACUCUGGUUGCGCCUCACUUUGCGGAGAUCAGGAGACGUCAGGCGCACCGUUUUCUUUUUUCUUUUCUUCUUUUUUCCCUUUUCUUUAAAAAUAAUUACUGGUUUAUGCCUUUAUUUUUAGAUGUUUUUUAAUCUUUCUUGUGCUUUAUUUGAUGCAGAGAUGAAAUCUUCUGCGCGCUUGGCACAUUAGUGUAUCCACACACGCGCGCACACAUACACGCCAGGGACGCACGGACACAUGUCCACUCAGAGGAGUCCACUUGGAGUUCAACAAAUGGAUUUAAAGUGUCCGUCUCUUGGAAAGUCGCGCUGAUUUUGCUUCUGGUCUGUUCUAAACUCUUUGGGUGAUGCUCGGUUCCGCUCGGCUCCUCGUGCGCAACAGAUGACACUGAGGCGCUUUAGCGCGUUCCGUUGCGUUUUGACGGGAAUGCUCGUCACCGCCGCGAGGAGAACGGCUCACUGACUCAAGCCUGGCGUUCUUGGCACAUAUGUGGACCCUAACCAGGAUGUUACAGUCUAAACGGCCCAGGCAUCAUUGGGCCGUCGUACCCCACCAGAACCACAGAACACCACACAGCUGGGCAUCCUGCUGCGCUUAGGAAGUUCUCUGCUUCAGCUUUUGCUUCCCUUUUUUUUUAUUGGGAGAAGUAAGAAAACGAGAAGAAAAUAAAGACAAACAUUAACAUUAAGAGUCUUUUCUCUGGGCUACUAUGCAAUUACAACUGAUCUCCUUUGUUUGGAUCAUCUUGCACUGCAUGGAUUACACCGGUUGUCAGCAGCACAGCAGCUCCAGGCACAGAACACAUAAACUGAUGACUGGUGCGAGCUCGGGGUGCCAGCAGGGGGGCUGCCUGACCUGCUCGGACUACAACGGCUGCCUGUCCUGCAGGCCGCGCUUCUUCAUGCAUCUGGAGAGGAUCGGGAUGAAGCAGAUCGGGGUGUGCAUGACCUCCUGUCCCCCUGGCUUUUAUGGCACUCGCUCCCCUGAGAGGAACACCUGCACGAAGUGCAGGUCGGAGUGCGACUCCUGUUUCAACAAGAACUUCUGCACACGCUGCCGGGCAGGAUUCUACCUUCACCUGGGCAAGUGCCAGGAGAGCUGCCCGGACGGUAUGGUCCACAGCGAAGCGCAGAGGGAGUGCGUUCCCAGGUGCCCUGAAGAGUGUGAGUCGUGUGGGACCAGUGAAACGUGCACACGAUGCCGGCCGGGCCUUUACCAGCUCAGCGGACGGUGUCACCACGUCUGUCCAGAUGACUACGAGCCCAAUGACAAACUGAUGGAGUGCACACUGCAAGUGCACUGCAAGGUGGGUGAGUGGAGCGACUGGAGCCCCUGCUUCAAGUCGGGCCGAACCUGUGGCUUCAAACGAGGCCAAGAGACUCGCACGAGGCAGGUCCUGCAGUAUCCGUCACCUUUCGGCAAACCCUGCCCAGAGAUCUCGGAGAUCAAGGAUUGUCUGGUCAAAAGGCGGAAGUGUCCAGGAGGAAGGAGAAAGGCCGAUCGAAAUGGAAGGAGGAACCGCAACAACCGCAAGGACAAGGAGAGCCAAGAGGUGCGACGGGAGAGGAAGCGGGACAGGGAGGCGGUGGAGCGUGACGACUCGGACAACAGGAACAAAACGGAGCACAGGCACCGCAGAGGCCACGACACAGACACGGUGGCCCCCGAGGACAGAGCUGUGCAGUAGCAGCUGUAAAUGACUCCCCCCUCCCCUCACAUCUUCCUCCGACGUUCCCAUCUUUCAUCCCUCACAGUACCCCCCUCCCAAACCCCCUUAUUACAGGGGUGUUGCUGCUACCUGUAAAAAAGAAUUGACUGGUUUUGCAUCAACUUUACGGGGCACAUUCAGCCGCUUGUGACUUUAAAAUGUCCCUUUGGUAUUGUUUUUUUUAAAUCCUGUCGUGGUUAAAACUCCUGCACACCCCCUGCUCAGAGUGCUUCAUCUGGAAGGGACAGGACUGCAGACGUGUGUGGGGGACAGGUGGACUGAGAGACUCAAUGUGCUUGUUCAUAUGCUUAUUUAAUGGAGCUCUGGUACAUACAUUGUGCAUCUUGGGUUCUGAAUGUAGAUUUGACAGCAUUAUGUAGAACUGUUUUAUUAUUAUUGUUGUAUCGGUUCUUUAGAUCCAUUCGUGUGGCGCAAAGUUUCCAAAGGAAAGACUGGGAACAUUUGCUCAUUAUUUUCACUCCCCCACUGACAGAUGCUGUAAAUUAAAGAGUUUACUCCAGCAGUGGAAACAUGUAGAUCCUGGGCGAAAGCUAUUUUUAUCCAGAUAAGUGUUAAAUCUCAACUGAGCAUUAUGUUUUUUUCUUCUUGUGAAAGAAAAAAAAACGUUCUUUAUGGAUUCAGUGCUCCAGAUAGAAAUCCUGAAACUAAAAACACCUUUAUGUAAAAUAAAACUGUAAUGGUUUGUA